AUGGUAGUGGGAGAGAUGUGGCGUCUAAGGUUUGUAUUGAAGAUUUCUUACUUGAAGAAAAAAAGGAACAUCCCAGGCCCAAAUCUGGUCUUCCCAUUCAUCGGCAACGCAAUUUCCUUCGUCCUCAACACCACAAAAUUCUGGGAGCUCCAAUCUGCCAAUGCCAAGUCCUCCUGCUCCGGCUUCUCCGCCAACUACAUAUUCGGCCACUUCAUGAUUUUCAUCAGCUCCAGCGACCUCACCCUCAAAGUCCUUGCCAACGUCAGACCCGACGCCUUCCAGCUUGUCGCCCAACCAAUCGGCAAAAAACUCUUGGGCGAUCGCAACCUCAUCUACUUGGUCGGUCAGGAACACAAAGACCUCCGUCGCCGAGUCAUCCCAAACUUCACCCCGAGACCUCUCUCCACUUACAUUUCAAUCCAACAAAUCAACAUCCUCAAGCACUUGAAAUCAUGGGUACAUUUACAAUCAUCAAGGACCCCCACAAAACCAAUCCCUCUGAGAAGCCUCGUUCCAGAUAUGAAUCUCGAAAUCUCCCAGGCAGUGUUCGUUGGUCCUUACUUAAGCGAAGAAGCAGUGAGACAAAGAUUCAAUGAAGACUUUAAUUUGUUUAACGCUGGCAUGAUCAACCUUCCAAACGAUUUUUCUGGAUUCGCUUUUUGGUACGCCAGGCUCGGGGCCCAAAGGCUUCUCCAAACUCUAGCAACAUGCGUAAGGGAAAGCAGAACGCGAAUGAUGAAUAAUGACGGUUUUAAGCCAACCUGUAUGUUAGAUUUUUUUAUUAUACAAGAAAACAUCAGAGAAAUCGCAGCCGCCAAACAAGCCGCUGUUCCUCCUCCUCCUCACUCUAGCGGGAGUGAUGAAGAAGUUAGUCAACUUUUGUUGGAUUUCGUCUUUGCCGCCCUGGACACUAACACUUCGUCACUGCUCUGGGCAGUGACUCUUUUGGAUUCACAUCCUGAGGUCUUGGCAAGAGUGCGUGAGGAGGUCGCCGGUGUCUGA